UCCUGGCGAUGCACCGCCGAGACAUCCAUUGCAACAUCCUCCUACAGCAAUGAAGGCGAUUCUCAUCCUGACGGCUUUUGCCGCCUUAGCUGGCCCUGCUGCCUGUGGCCGCCUCCAGGUUUCGGGCAAGGACCUGACCUACAACGGAGAAAAGGUUUUCCUGAGCGGCUGCAACUUCGCCUGGAAUAACUAUGGCUACGACUUCGGCAACGGCAAAUACGACGGCACGCUCGAACAGUGGGUCUCGGAAAUCGGGGGCGCCGGAGGAAACUCCGUUCGGGCGUGGGUGCACGUGGAAGGCGACAACACGCCCACCUAUGACAGCAACGGUUACGUCACCAGUUGCGACAACACGGGCGACUUCGAGAAUGACGUCUUGAAGCUGCUGAAUGCGGCCCAGUCGCACGACGUCCUGGUGGUGCUGACCUUGUGGAACGGAGCCUACCUCAACAACCAGAACACCAUCAACCUCAUCUGGGACGAUUCCAAGCUAGAGUCCUACGUCCAGAAUUGCCUCAAGAGUCUGGUAGGAAAAAUCAAGGGUCAUCCAGCUUUGGCAGCCAUUGAGACAGUGAACGAGCCGGAGGGGUCCGUGAAGGUUGAAUCCAGUUCCGAGUAUUGUUAUGACACCCAGCUGAUUGGUCAGUCAGGAGCAGGAUGGACUGGCAAAGGAAUUCCCAUGGAAAGGUGGCUGAAGUUCAUUGGCCGACAAAAUCAAGUCGUCCGUGAGGUGGACUCCGGACUUUUGCUCACCCUCGGAUCUUGGGGUCAGUUCGCCCAAAGCGACGCCUUCUCUAACACUCGCAACCACUACAGCAACGACUGUCUGUACAAGGCGGCAGGAGACAACUCCCACAUCGACUUCUACCAGAUGCACUCGUACGACUGGGGAGGCUCUUGGAGUCCCAACGCUCCCUUCACGGUGAACGCCGAUAACUACAACCUCGACAAACCCCUCGUGAUCGGAGAAUACGCUUCAGUCUGUGCUGCUGGUACCUCCCUCAGGGACUUGUACGAAUACUCCUACACACACGGAUACAGCGGAGGCUGGAGUUGGCACUACACAGCUACAGGCGACUGUAGCGACUCAAGAGAUACGCAGCGUGACGCUUUGGGGCAACUUCAUGGCAGGACUGACCACGGCACCGUCAAUUUCCACGUUGGCUAAAAAGGCUGCAAUGUAACCCUGUGACUGGUGAUGCUCAUGAAAUAAAAUACUUCAAAAUACUUCAG